UUAAGAAGAAACAACGUUUUCGCAUAAAAUAUCUCGCAAAUUGUCGAACAAUGUCUGUUGAGCUAUUUGCGAAAGAUGAUGCUAUAAAUUUGUUUAAAUCGCAAAGAAUCCUCAUGUUUGGCGAUUCUAAUAUGCGAGCUUUGUAUAAGGAUUUAAUAUGGUUAACGAGAUAUGGCACAUUAAUACCUAACGAAAAAUUAAGAGCAAAAAAUGAAGAUUCUUUCUCUGGAGAUAAACGAUUAUCAGAAGGUGUGUUAACAGCAAGUCGAAAUUAUGUUGAAAUAAGAGAAUAUAAGCGUGAAUUUCAUUUGCAUUACGAAUUUAUCACGAGAAUUUACACCAAAAAGUUUGAGGAUUUCAUAGAAUCUUUGAAAGUUCCCCCAAAUUUUAUUAUAAUGAAUAGUUGUGUGUGGGAUUUAUCUCGCUGGGGUCCAAACGGGAUUCAAGAUUACAAAGCAAAUGUGGAUAAAACAUUACAUUUGCUAAGAAAUAAGUUCCCCAAAACCUGCAUUGUAUUUACAACAACUUUACCUAUUAGUUUAAAAGCACGUGGUGGCUUCUUAACAGAAAAUGUGCAAUUUCUCAACGCUGUGUUACCUUUCAGUAUUGUAGAAGCGAAUUAUUACGUUGCUAAAUGUUGCCGAAAAUACGACAUCGAUCUAAUUGAUUUACAUUAUUACAUGCAACAUCAAAUAGAUAGUUUAGCAAUGGAUGGUAUUCAUUGGGACCCAGCUGCCAUAAGAUUUAUUAAUAACAUUAUUUUCACAAAUUUAUGCCAAAAAGUUGGUAAACAACUACCAAAUAAUAUAGCAAUACAUCGAAAGUGCAAUACCAAAGAAAACGAACGCAAAGAAAUCGCCAAAAACGAAAUAAAACCGAAAAUUGAACAAAAUUACUACAACAGAUACGACUUCACUACUUGUAAUUAA